AGAAAAUCUUUGUAACUCAAAGUCUUAAGAUGAAAAGUAUUGAACCGACGUAUUUUUAAAUUCCAAUUAUUUUACCUCACUGGAAACGCACCACAUGUUCAACGACUUUACUAACACUACACACCCACUAAUCUGACAUCAUCCUCCACGUAGCCAAUAGGAGUGCGUUGACGUCAUUACGUAGGAAAAAUACGUGCUAGUUGGACUGCCAAAGAAGCUCCACGGUCGUAUCGAGCGGUCAGGUCCACACUUUGUUUUGGAAUUUUAAUUUUCCCGUCGUUUAUUAAAGCCAUUAGUGGGAGUGUGUGUAGGACGCAGUUUCGGUCCAAUUUACGAUAAGAUUGAACCAGUCGCUACAUCAAGCAUGGGACUUCUUGUUUACAAUAUUUUAACAACGUGCUAGCCUUGUACUGGUACCCGCAAUAACAGACGGGCACGAAAAGCACUUCGUCUAUGACAUGUGCACCAGUGUUCGAUGUUAGCGACUGGAGAACUAUUAAAAGUUCUCCACAGUUCACGUAAGCCUGUGGACACGGUGACCUUCCAGAUUUUGCGUAGUACUCCCGCUUCUUAUUGAAGAGACCCUCGCCACUACAAAUGGAUGAACAAACUUGACGCGAGUCGUUCUGUUGGACGCUUACGACUCGCACCGAACGGGUACGUCGCUCAGCACACUUUGGGGUACUCGGAGUUGAGUGUUUUUGCGUUUCUUAAAGCAUGGCUAGCCGUUCGGUGACGACGUUGGUGUGCUUUGGGCGUCACGUGGCGAGUCGAACUUCCCUACGUCCAAUUCACACCUCCUCGCGCUACUCUUCAACCCAACCAAACUACGGCUUCAAACCUGGCAAAGUCGCGGUGGUUACCAAGACGACUCGAUACGAGUUCGAACAGCAACGUUAUCGUUAUGCGGGACUCUCCGAGGAGGAUCUAAAGCACCUGCUUGCUAUGAAGGGUUCCAGCUACAGCGGCCUGCUGGAAAGACACAACAUCCACACAAGCAACGUGGAGCACAUUGUGAAAAGCCUGCAGAAUGAAGGAAUUGAAGUGAAAGUGGUGAAAAGGGGCGAAUAUGAUGCCGAAGUAGUGCAGUGGGCAGAUGCCAUCAUAUCUGCUGGAGGUGACGGGACAAUGCUGCUUGUUGCCAGUAAAGUUUUGAGCAAGGACAAACCAGUUGUUGGAGUAAACACAGACCCGGAGAGGUCAGAGGGUCAUCUGUGCUUGCCUGUCAAGUACACUCGCAAAUUCCCAGAGGCGCUGGGGAAACUCUUCCGUGGUGAGUUCAGGUGGCAGUGGCGCCAAAGGCUGCGACUGCACCUUGAGGGCACCGGCGUAAAUCCCACGCCACUCGACCUGCACGAGCAGCAGCUGAGCCUGGUGCAGCACAGCCAGGCCCAUCGCAUCACCACCGUCGGCAACCGACAGAAAACCGGAACGCCCAACGAAAGCUCCUCUAAGCCCCGGCUACUCCCCGUCAGGAGCCUGAAUGAGAUCUUCAUCGGAGAGUCUCUUUCGUCCAGGGCGUCCUACUAUGAGAUCUCGGUGGAUGACGGCCCGUGGGAAAAGCAGAAGAGUUCGGGGCUCAGCAUUUGUACAGGAACAGGAUCCAAAGCCUGGUCAUAUAACAUCAACAAACUUGCUGAGCAAGCGGUGAACGAGAUCUUAAAAAUAGGAAAAUGCCAAACGGGCCUGGCCAUUCCGCUCCACCUCGAAUUCAUCGAGAAAGUGACCGACGAGUACAACGAGUCGCUGGUGUUCAGUCCCGAGGACCGCCGCUUGUUCUUCAGCAUCCGGGAGCCGAUUGUGAACCGAGUGUUCUCCAGUAGCCGGCAGAGAGGCUUCGCCAGCAAAGUGUGCGUUCGCUCUCGCUGCUGGGACGCCUGCAUGGUGGUGGACGGCGGGAGCUCCUUCGAGUUCAACGACGGCGCCAUCGCGACCAUCGGCAUGAGCGAGGACGAUCGCCUCCGCACGCUCGUUCUGGAUAACUGAGGCCGCAGCGCGUAAGACCGACAACGAGGCAACUGUUACGACAACCGUGGGUUUCGGGGGGAAAUACUUUUUGUCUUUGUUCCGAAAAGAUAUUUUUGUAGUUGUGCUAGCAUCCGAUAAGAUUUUAAAGAAAGAUGAGCGUGCGAAAGAGAAUUGAACGGCGAGAGGGGCCUUUUGCUCCUGGUCAAAUGUCGAGUAGGAAAAAAAAAGCAGCUCGUUUGGUGAUUCUGAGAUGGAGUGCCUGUUAUGUUGAAGUCAGCUCGAGUGCCAGCAAAAUGGGCCGUGGCCCGGUUACCGGCGGGUGGGGGGGUUGGGGAGUGCCGAGCCAAACCGUUGCACCGCCGUACUAUUUGGCGCAUAAAGAAAAAAGGUCAAGCGUGAGCACAUUCGACGUCCACUAAUAAAAUGGAAAUGACGCUCAGAAA